AUAGAAGAAAUAGAGAUAUCUACACACUAUGAAUGGAGGAGAUAUAGAUAGCUGUACACACUCUGAAUAUAACUAAAUACAAGUCCAGGGAUAUCAGAAUAGUAAAGAUCUAGCCACACUGAGGACUUUGCAUGCUUCAUGAACAUCGAGCAACAGACCACAAGAUGAAAAGAGAGCACCAGCAACAGUCAACAACACCCGCUGAGUUAUCCUCCUCCCUCAUUCCCCGCGAUGUCCCUACCCUCCUGUACUCUGCAAUAUUCCACCACACCUGAUCCCCCUACAAUGCGAAAUCUCAUUGAAGGGAAAGCACUUUUCCCUUCCAACUAAAACUAUCAGACAAUCAAAUCGUGUGACACCUGUUCGUAGAACUGGCCGUCUUGGGGGAAGGGGUCUUGGAGUACUCCGGAGUCCUUACCCCCUAAAGUCCCUCUCUCCCAUGGUGCGACAUUGCCUCAAGUUUGAAGCACUCUCCUUCUAAACUAACCAACCCACUAACCUUUCAGACAGUAAAAGGGCGAGUAACACAACUGUCAUGCAAGGGAGAUCGAGUAACAGCUGUCAUGCAAGGGGAGUAACACAGCUGUCAGCAUUACCAGCGCCAGCUCCAGGAUUGCCAGGAACUCCACUGCAAUCUUUAUAAAGAAAUAUCGAAAUACAAUCCAGUCUGAACGUAGUACACACCCAACUCAAUACAUUUUGAUUUUCCUGAUGUUUUGCCAUUUUUGCAAUAUUCAUGUCAGUUAAUGUCGCUACUUGGAAGACCAAGGCAUGCUGAGGAAACAUCAAGCCUCUCCCUUAACAAAAUGAGAAAUAUGAUACAAUGGCCACCUACACAGCAAGCUUCCAGCCCACUGGCCGUGCCAGCAUAUGAAAAGGCACGAUACUUGAGGGCUGGUGUUCACUUGCAACUGGUGGAGCCUGAUGAACAUCACCAACAGACAAAAGGCGGUUGACACCGACAUUCACUUGUAGAUGGUGCCACUCGUACUCUCCACACUUCAGCUCCUGCAUUCCUCGCACCAGGACACCCGUUCAAAGAUUCAGGUCGUGAUGUCGACUCUCGGGUUUCUUCUCGUCUUGUUGCUGCCAGCCCUGGUUGCCCCGUAUAAAGACGAUUUCUUGGAAGAGCUGCUAGAAAUGAUGGACCUCAAAAGGUUUUCUGCAGAUGUCUCAGAGGAAUCCCCGGAGAGACAGAAUCUUGAACUACUCCCCUCGGGUGGCGACUAUGACAACCUGGCUGUCCGUCGACACACGGUGACUUGGAAAAAAAAGAAGGCAGCAUGCUCAUCUUCAAGCCCGGGAGGAGUUAACUGGGGUUGCGGGAGAAAGCGUCGAUGAUCAUCGUCGGAUGCGGACACAAGAGAAAGGAGGACGAUACUCACGCUGGCUGAGAACUUUCUACACAACCCAAUCAUCCAGCAGUCCCAGUGGCUAUAAGAACAACAAAUUAUUUUGAUGACAAAUAAAUGCAUAA